AUGUCAAAAGCUGUUGGUAUUGAUUUAGGUACAACAUACUCAUGUGUUGCUCAUUUCGCGAACGAUAGAGUUGAAAUCAUCGCUAAUGAUCAAGGUAAUAGAACGACGCCUUCAUAUGUGGCUUUUACUGACACGGAAAGGCUAAUUGGUGACGCUGCAAAGAAUCAAGCUGCAAUGAACCCACAUAAUACAGUAUUCGAUGCUAAGCGUCUGAUCGGACGUAAAUUUGAUGACCCAGAAGUAACGAACGACGCUAAACAUUACCCAUUCAAGGUGGUCAACAAGGGAGGUAAACCAGUGGUGCAAGUGGAAUAUAAAGGUGAAACAAAGACAUUUACUCCGGAAGAAAUUUCCUCAAUGAUCUUGACGAAGAUGAAAGAAACUGCUGAGAACUUCUUAGGAACAGAAGUGAAAGAUGCUGUGGUAACGGUUCCAGCUUAUUUUAACGAUUCGCAAAGGCAGGCAACAAAAGAUGCUGGUACAAUCGCGGGUUUGAACGUCCUUCGUAUAAUUAAUGAACCUACAGCGGCAGCUAUUGCAUAUGGUUUGGACAAGAAAUCGCAGAAGGAGCACAACGUCCUGAUAUUUGAUCUAGGUGGUGGUACUUUUGAUGUCUCUCUAUUAUCUAUAGAUGAAGGUGUCUUUGAGGUCAAGGCCACUGCAGGUGAUACUCACUUAGGUGGUGAAGAUUUCGACAGUAGACUGGUCAACUUCCUAGCGGAGGAGUUUAAGAGAAAAAAUAAAAAGGAUCUAACAACUAACCAAAGGUCGCUGAGAAGGUUAAGGACCGCUGCUGAAAGAGCCAAGAGGACUCUGUCCUCAUCUGCACAGACAUCUGUCGAAAUAGAUUCAUUGUUUGAGGGUAUUGAUUUUUACACUUCAAUCACGAGGGCAAGAUUUGAAGAAUUGUGUGCUGAUUUGUUUAGAUCUACAUUGGAGCCAGUGGAAAAAGUUUUGGCUGAUUCGAAAUUAGAUAAGUCACAAAUUGAUGAAAUUGUGCUAGUCGGUGGUUCAACAAGAAUUCCAAAAGUACAAAAAUUGGUAUCUGAUUUCUUCAACGGUAAAGAACCAAACCGUUCGAUUAAUCCAGAUGAAGCCGUCGCUUAUGGUGCUGCCGUUCAGGCUGCCAUCUUAACAGGUGACCAGUCGUCGACGACCCAAGAUUUGCUGUUACUGGACGUUGCACCAUUAUCUCUAGGUAUUGAAACCGCAGGUGGUAUUAUGACAAAGUUAAUCCCAAGAAAUUCAACCAUUCCAACAAAAAAGUCAGAAGUUUUCUCCACCUACGCUGACAACCAACCUGGCGUUUUGAUACAAGUUUUUGAAGGUGAAAGAACAAGAACGAAGGACAACAAUCUACUGGGUAAAUUCGAGUUGAGCGGUAUCCCACCUGCUCCAAGGGGUGUACCCCAAAUUGAAGUUACAUUUGAUAUUGAUGCUAAUGGUAUUCUGAAUGUGUCUGCCGUUGAAAAAGGUACUGGUAAAUCUAGUAAAAUCACAAUUACAAACGAUAAAGGAAGAUUGUCGAAGGAAGAUAUCGAUAAAAUGGUUGCUGAGGCAGAAAAGUUUAAGGCCGAAGAUGAAGAGGAAGCUCAACGUGUUCAAGCUAAAAACCAGCUAGAGUCAUACGCCUUUACUUUGAAGAAUUCGGUGAACGAAAAUAAUUUCAAGGAGAAGGUAGGUGAAGAGGAUGCCAAAAAAUUGGAGGCUGCUGCUCAAGACGCUAUAAAUUGGUUAGAUGCUUCACAAGCAGCCUCUACGGUGGAAUACAAGGAAAGACAAAAGGAACUAGAAGGUAUUGCAAACCCUAUUAUGAGUAAGCUUUACGGAGCUGCAGGUAGUGCUCCAGGAGCAGGGCCCGUUCCAGGUCCUGGAGCAGCUCCUACUGGUGCACCGGACAGUGGCCCAACGGUUGAAGAGGUUGAUUAG